UGUCCACUCUGGCGCUCGGUUCCUUCGAAUUCAGUCCCAAGUCAAGAAUGGUAGACAUGCUCCCAUUUCUGACAACGUUGACUCUCGGCGGUGACAUGCGGGGCCCUUGCACGAGCCAUCCUCAAUUCCCGUCGCGUCCUGCCGCGUUGACCCACUCAGCCGGAUGCAACCGUCCUGACAGAGAGGCUGGCUUGGUUCUUGAUGAGCAAGUAAUGCGAUGCAUCACAUGACAAGGCUCUGGGACGGCAAUUCGGUUCAUUCACUGACGGCGUUGAAUAUUCAUGGAUAUGCUAUAAGGCGUUAGGUCCACUUCUCAACCGCCUGUCCAUUCUCCUUUCCCUACCUUCCCGAUCCCUUUCCUCGCCAAUACCUCUGUAUCGCAUCAUGGAACCCGCGGCCAUGCAUGGAAGCACAGGCUUCACUGCUCCCAUUGUGCCAGUCGCGCCAAUCGCGCCGGUUGCCCCAGUCAUCGCACCCUCCCUAACCCGCGACAGCUACAAUGCGCAGACUCUGGGUCGGAGUUUGAAUGCGCGUGUCAAGCAGUCGCGCGUGCUAAUGGUCGGCGCUGGCGGCAUUGGAUGCGAACUACUCAAGAACCUCGUCCUUACCGGCUUCGGAGAGGUCCAUGUCGUCGACCUGGAUACGAUUGACCUCAGCAAUCUCAACCGGCAAUUCCUCUUCCGCCAAGAACAUAUCAGGAAGUCCAAGGCAUUGGUCGCCAAGGAAGUUGCCGAGAAGUUCAACCCGGCGGUCAAGAUCGUCGCCUACCAUGCCAACAUCAAGGAUUCCGAGUUCAGUAUCGAGUGGUUUAGCGGGUUUACGAUUGUGUUCAACGCCUUAGACAACUUGGAAGCGCGGCGGCAUGUGAACAAGAUGUGCCUGGCGGCCGAUGUGCCGCUGAUUGAGAGCGGGACCACUGGCUUCAACGGCCAAGUCCAGGUUAUCAAGAAGGGCGUCACGGCAUGCUACGACUGCACGCCAAAGGAGACGCCCAAAACAUUCCCGGUCUGCACGAUCCGCAGCACCCCGAGCCAACCGAUUCACUGCAUCGUCUGGGGCAAGAGUUAUCUGCUGAACGAGAUAUUUGGGACGAGCGAGGACCAGUCCGCGUUUGACCACUCGGCGGAUGCUGAAAAUGCAAAGGAGAUCGAAGAGCUGAAGCGAGAGUCGGAGGCUUUGCGAAAGAUCCGCCAAUCAGUCGGCAGCCCGGACUUCCACCAGAUGCUGUUCGAUAAAGUGUUCAAUACAGAUAUCGUCCGGCUGCGCUCCAUGGAAGACAUGUGGAAGACUAGGAAGCCGCCGGAGCCACUUGAUUACAAGGCAUUGCUAGAGAAGGCGUUGGACGCUAUGGCAGCAAAGGAUGCGGUCCUCAAAAACGACCAGAAGGUUUGGUCCUUGGAGGAGAACCUGGUCGUGCUCAAAGACAGCCUCGACAGGCUGAGCAAGCGCGCCCUCGCAACGAAGAACGCCGCCAACGGCUCAAGCCAAGACGCGAUCAUUACCUUUGAUAAGGAUGACGACGACACGCUCGACUUUGUCGCUGCGAGCGCAAAUAUCAGGUCGACGAUCUUUGGUAUCGACCGGAAAUCCAAGUUUGACAUCAAGCAGAUGGCGGGUAACAUUAUCCCUGCCAUUGCGACCACGAACGCCAUCGUCGCCGGCCUCUGCGUUCUCGAGGCAUUCAAGGUGCUCAGGGGCGAGUAUGACAAGACUAAGGAGGUGUUCCUGACGCCUUUUGCUCCUGCCCGACUCCUCGCGUCGGACAAAUGCCGACAGCCUAACCCUGACUGUCCGGUCUGCGGCGUAUUUCAAGCCCGCGCCUACGUCGACCUCUCAAGGGCGACGUUGAACGAUCUCGUGGAAGACUACUUGAAGCUCCAGCUGGGGUACGGCGAGAAGGAGAUUUCGGUCAGCAAUGAGGUUGGCAUUCUGUACGACCCCGACGAGACGGACAAUCUCGGCAAGAAACUAAGCGAGCUCGGCAUCAAGCCGGACUCUUUUUUGACCAUCACAGACGAGGACGACGAAAAUCCGUACGUCAACGUGGUAGUCGCCAUCCAAGAAGCCAAGGAACCUCUCGAAGACAAGCCCAUCAAGGGCGCUUCGACUGAGGUCAAAAUCCCAACCAAGCCGAAGAAAACACCUGCGCCUGAAGCCAAUGGCGGCCACGGCAGCAGGCAGCAAAGCGAAGCGAUAGCCGAGGUAGUCCCGGCCAAGCGUCCGCAUCCGGAGGGCCCGGAUGAUGUCGCGGCGGCCAAGAAGGCGAAGACAGCGGCAUCAUCUGUGGGUCAAGACGACGACAUUGUCGUCCUCGACGAUAGCGCUGGGGGCGGCGCCAUCAUCAUUGAUGAUGACUGAAUGCUGCAUCGGAUAACCAAGAGUGCCUUGCUACAUAACAGAAAGAGUACGGCGCGAUCCCGCCUGCGCCAGACGACCACGCAUCAGACAGCACUCAGCCCGCCGUCGAGAUGGAGGAUGCAGUUAUUUGCAUAAUUGUUCUUGGCGAGAAAGAGAGCGGCGUGAGCGACCUCCCCCGGCGUCCCGAAGCGCCCGAGGGGUAUCCUUUUGAUGAGUUCUUUCUUAUCGAGAUCUUCGUGUGGGUAAUGGCGAGGACAUGUAAGAUUAGCUUUGGCCACUAUACAUGCGAUGCAAGGUAGCAUUCGCUGCGGUCUGAACUGGCUUGGGAACGGCCACAGGACUGGCAACGCUGUAAUGGGUUUCUACGGCAACCAUGAAUUGAAAUCCUGAACUCACCCUUUGUCAUGGCGGUAUCGAUGUAUCCAGGCACAAUGGCAUUGACACGGAUGCCGUGGCGACCAAACUCUUGGGAGAGGGCGGUGGUGAGACCUA